AUGUGGAAUACAAAUCCUCUAUUUGAUUUGUUGUAUCAAUUGCAUAUAACACUUUGUUUAUUUGUCAUACCAUUAUGUUUUAUGGUACUGACUUACACUAGUAUCGUCAAGGUUCUAUGGGGAUCAAUACCAGCAGAAAAAAUACUAUCGGAUAAACAAAGACCUGUUAGUUAUAGUCAACAUACACUUACAGAUGGAACUGCUCAUUCUGAUGAUGUAAGUGUUCAUACUCCUUUGAAUGGUGUUCACAAAUCUUCAAAUUUAAUUGUACAAGAAAAUAGACAAAAAGCAGCAAAAAUGUUGAUCGCUAUUGUGGUAAUAUUUGCCAUAUGUUAUUUACCAGUUCAUGUCUUCAACUUAUUCAGGUUCGUUUAUGUCUAUUAUGCUCUUGCGAGAGAAAAAAGUCCAGCGGGUGAAGCUAACGCAUGUUUUGAACCAGAACGCGUUUCGUUAAGUCGCACUGACAAAUUUCGUCGAAAAUUCAAAGAACUUUUACAAUGUUGUCGAUGUAAAAGGAAAAAACUAUUGUUAGAUGAAAAAAAAAUGUUUAAUACAUCGAAUAUAAAUUCAUCAGCAUUACACCAUGAUAUAUCGACUACCACACCAAAUUUAAAUAGAACACCUGACAGUUUUAACAAUGCUAAAAAUAACAUGCACCAUUUGAGUCCUACUAGACCAUUUACGCCCGUUAAUAAAAGAACCGGGACAGUUCGUUUAACAAAUGUGUAA